AAGUUGGGUUGUUAACACCAUCUGACACACCAUAUUUGAGGAUAAUAAUCGUGCAUUGGUUGUAGGCAAUUUAGACAAGAAAGGUACAAAGAUUUAUUCAUUGUUUAUGUUUUUUUGGGUGGUGGGUGUUGCAGGAGGACAGUCACAAAUGCCAUUGUCUACACUCCCCAAAUUCACAGCCGUCCCAGAGACAGACGUGGGUAACGGGAGAAGACACAAGUGUCCCAUCUGUGGCAAGGGAUUCUUCAGAAGGUCAACCAUGAAAAGGCACCAGGAGGCCGUCCAUAAAGAAGAAGGUCCCCCAUCUCAUCAUCCUGCAGAUGAAUCUACAGACACGUCGUCCACAGACCCAGCAAAUGCAGGGCAAGAGGAGUCUCGGUCCGCAAUGUCAUCACGCACUGAAGGUCCGGAUUCGGACGUGGAUAACGGGAGAACACACAAGUGCCCCGUCUGUGGCAAGGCUUUCUCCAGAAUGUGGAGCAUGAGAAGGCACCAGGAGGGCGUUCACAAAGAGUUGUCUACACUCCCCACAUUCACUGCCAUCCCAGAGACAGAAGUGGAUAACGGGAGAACAUAUAUGUGCUCUGUCCUUGGACAGGGUUUCCCUAUAAAGAAAGCUUUGAGAGAGCAUGGACAGGGUUUCCCUACAAAGAGAACUUUGAGAGAGCAAGAACGAGGUUUCUCUAUAAAAAAAACUUUGAGAGAGCACGAGCAAGAUAGCCACCCAAAUGAAAAGAUCAGCCUUGAACCAGAGCCGCCCACAAGCGCGGAAAGUGGAGAAAAGCCGCACAGCUGUGAACGUUUUCCCCAGACAGGCGACCCCACACAACGCAAGAACGUUCCUACAGCAGUCAAGCACAGUCGUGAACGUGGUGGCAAACGCCCUUCUCAGGCAGGUGGGCGCACACAAGGCAAGAACAUAUCUACAGGAACCAAGCCAUAUCAAUGUGACCAGUGCGGCAAGAGCUUCUCAAAAGCAAAGAAUCUCACCCAACACAAGUACAUUCACAGAGUAGAUAGGCCGUACCGCUGUCAGGUUUGCGGCAAAGGGUUUACCGUGUUGUCAAUCCUCAAAACACACAUGCACAUCCACACCGGGGAGCGCCCGCACCAAUGUCAACACUGCGGCAAAGCUUUUUCGCAAGCCUACACGCUCACCACGCACGAGCGCAUCCACACGGGAGAGAGGCCCUACCGCUGCUCCAUCUGCGGCAAAGGCUUUUCCCAGUCGGGAAAUUUCAAGACGCACAUGCAAGUCCACGCGGGGGAAAAGCCGUUCAGCUGCGGACAGUGUGGCAAGAGCUUCCUGAAGUCGACUAAUCUCAUCAAACACCAGCGCAUCCACACGGGAGAGAAGCCGUAUCACUGCACCCUGUGCAGCAAACGCUUCACUCAGCAAGAACAUCUUAAAGCGCACAUGUACACGCACACAGGGGAGAGGCCAUACCCAUGCAAGCACUGUGGCAAGACCUUCUCCACAUUAAGAUCUGCCUCACGACACCAGCUCAUUCACAAGUAGAGAGAGGUACUAAGAUCUGCACUGUGUUGACUUCGACCAAGGAGGUUACGUUUUCGGUUGCAUUGGUUUGUCUGUCUGUUUGUUUGUUUGUUUGUCUGUCAGCAGGAUAACUCAAAAAUGUAUGAACGGAUUUGGAUGAAACUUUGUGAAGUUUUGGAAAUGACAGAUAGAAGUGAUUAACUUUUGGUGGUGAUCCGGAACUAGUAUUUUCUUUACCAUUGCGGGAUAGGGCAGAUUUUGACAUUCCAGUUUCUAGUCUUUUUAAGAAAGACUAGAAAAAUUGGGUAUAACAUAGUGAAAUGUUCUAUCAAACAGCUUCCUUGAAGGAGGUCUGCAUUCUCUGAGUGCAUUUCUAGUUUUGUUUAUUUGUUUGUUCCAGGGGGCUGGCUCAUUGGUCCAUCUUCAUAUAGCAGACUCGGAGGUCUGAGGAUGACCAGUAAUGUUUUCACAGAGGGAAUAACUUGACUUUCAACAGAGUUGCUGAGUCUGUCUUUCCAAUCACACUAUUUUUUUCAAAGUUUUUUUCUCCUUCAGUUUGAAUGCAUUGUACCUGUUGCAGUUUCGGCUGGGCUUGUUCUGUACAGUCUGAUGUGUGAUUUUGACUGUUGUUGAUGAAUUUAUUGGGUUGUAUAUGUUCUUUUUGCACUGGCAUUUGUAGCAAGACUGGGUGGGGUGAAGUGUUCUUGCAUGUUUGUUUGUUUUAUGCUAAAUACAUUUUUUAAAAAUGUACUUAAAAGAUCUAUAAACCGAAUCUUGUACCGAAUUUUUUUAAAUUAAAAAUAUAUAAUAUCAAAAA